AAAAGGACUUGUAUUCCUGCGCCGGUCGAGUUCCACAUGGCUAAUUCAACCUUAACUAUAAGUGAUCUUAAUGAUGAGAAGUUUCAAAAAUUAUUGGCGCCUAUAGUGUUUCUUGUGAUAACUUUAACAAUUGGAGUUCCUGGUAAUCUAACAGUUCUUGUUAUUUACGGAAAGAAAUAUGCUAAAAGUGUUCACCGAACAAUUGUCUGGAAUCUAGCAGUGGCCGAUCAGGUAUUCUGUUCGAUUGGAAUACCAUUCAACAUAGCUCGGAUAGUACACUAUUAUUCAUUUGAAGGAGAAUGGGCGUGUGUCGUGUUUGUCGUUAUGCUGUAUUUCCUCUUAUUGUAUUCAACACACCUUUUAGUACUACUAUCUAUUCACAGAUUUCGGAAGAUAUGCUUCCCACUGAGAAAGCAAAUUAGUGUGGAUAACGUCAACUAUUGGGUAAUUGGUUGCUUCGCCAUUGCAUUCAUCCUAUCUGCCCCACAUUUUGGACUGUCGAAAUACGAGGAAAUUAAUGUGGGAUAUAAUUUAACAGGCUACAGCUGUGCUAUAUCACUUUCAAACCCAUCAAUUUACUCCACUGCUUUUAGUUAUGGUUUCCUCUCCUUGUUCGUGUUCUAUACUAUUGUUUUGAUCGUAAUAUACUCGAUUAUAGGACGGAAACUAUACAUCCAACAUAAGAGAAGACUCGAAAACCAUGUCACCAGCUCUACACAAAAGGCUAUUUCAAGCAAGAUGACCAAAAUUGCUUUUGCUAUAUCUAUGGUUUUUGCAGUGAGUUACAUUCCACUGUUCAUACUUCAGAUUACAGAGAAAACCAUCGACGAGGAUAAUCUAAACACUUUCCAGUUUGCAAUGUUAAGAAUUGGUGAAAGACUUUAUGUUGUUAACCACGUGGCAAACCCAUUUAUAUAUGGACUAUUCGACAAACGAUUCAAGAAACAUCUAAAAGGACUUUUAACAUGCAAUUGGCGUCGAAACGAAACUAAAGGCAGCACUAGGGAAUCUACUUCCGAAACUACGCUUUGAACAUGUUGAGAAUAUUGAUCCAGAUCAAAAGUUUAUCAAAUUCAUAUGUAGUACUAAUAUUCAUUUGCAGUUAGGGUAGUAAAUAACUUUACCCUUUACACGAAGUAUUCAAACACAUUUUGAUUUUACUUAGAUUAUUUAAAAAAAAGAGAUAAAUUAACAAUGAUGCUUAUUGACAGUUAAAACAAGAUUGACAGAACCAUGGAAAAACAUUCCAAAAACUAAAUUAUAUACAACAGAAGUAAAACAUUCACCAACCUUA